AUGGCCGAUACUGCGCCCACCGACCCCGCCACUCAGGUCGAUACCAACGCCUCAGCCGGCGCCGAACACGGCUACCCUCAUGGCCACCUGGGUCACCUCAGCCAACACGAGGAGGCGCAGCUCGUCGCCUUCAAGAACCUACUCGAGGAGAAGGGACUGUACAAGCCUGGCCCGCCUGCCUCGCAUGACGACCCAACACUGCUGCCGGAUGUCUCGGAAGUGGUGAAGCUGACUUGUUUUUUUCUCUUCUCCUCAUACAGUCGCUACCUACGAGCCCGUAGAUGGGUCCCGGAGGACGCCUUCACCCAGUUCAAGGACACGGAGGACUGGCGCGUCGCCAGCGAUAUCGAUACCCUCUACCGCACUAUAGAGCUUGACGCCUACGAGGAGAGCCGCAGGCUGUACCCGCAAUGGACCGGUCGCCGUGACCGCCGGGGUAUUCCCCUGUAUCUCUACGAGAUCAGGCACCUCGAUAACAAGACCAUCGCCAACUAUGAGAAGUCGGGCAAGGAGUCCUUCAGCAAGGCCAAGUGGGACGGCAAAACCCCCCAGGGUCUUCUGAGGCUCUUUGCGCUCUACGAGAACCUCACCCGCUUCACCCAGCCCUUCUCUACCCAGCUGCAGGACCGCCAGCACCCCGAUGCCCCGAUCACGUUGUCCACCAACAUCGUCGACAUUUCCGGUGUUAGUUUGAAGCAGUUUUGGAACCUCAAGGGCCACAUGCAGGCCGCAAGCCAGCUUGCGACGGCACACUACCCCGAGACUCUUGAUCGCAUCUUCAUCAUCGGCGCUCCCGUGUUCUUCUCCACCGUCUGGGGCUGGAUCAAGCGCUGGUUCGACCCCAUCACGGUGUCCAAGAUCUUCAUCCUUAGCCCGCACGAGGUGCAGCCGACACUCGAGCAGUUCAUCGAGCCGCGCAACAUUCCCAAGAAGUACGGCGGCGAGCUCGAAUUCAACUGGGGCGACCAGCCGACCGUCGACCCGGCCUGGGAGGGUGUCGUGCGAUGGGAGAACGGCCACUCAUCCUUCAAGUCGCGCCCCGCCGUCUGGCGCGUCACCGACGACGGCACCCGCGUCGAGUGCUUCGGACUCGGCAGCGUCGGCGGAAAGGAGCAGAAGGAGCUUAUCGCCUCCGUGCCCCGCACCUGGCCGCCGGCGCAGGAGAAAUCCAACGGCGCAGCUACGGAGAAGACGACUGCAGCGGCACCGGUUGAGACCCCCGUCGAGGCUGCCAAGACAGAGCCCACGGCUGCGAACGGAGAGGAGGAGCUUGCGAAGCUCUCCAUCUCCGAUACCAAGGAGAUUGCGGAGAAGCACACCAACGGCGCGGCGGCGCCGUCCCCUGCCAUCCCGUCGACGGUCGCAUAG